AUGCGUGCUGCAGGAACGUUAAGCGUAGCAGCACUCCUGGCCUCGGCCACACAUGCCCUCAGCAUCCCGGACGACCAAGACAUCCCACCGACGCUAGACCUGGGCACGCUGGCAAACAAUUCCCUCUUCACUCGAUGGAGGCCGACCUACCACGUCGCCGCCCCAGCCGGCCACAUGAAUGACCCCUGCGGCCCCAUGUACGACCCACUACGGGACACCUACCACAUCUUCUACCAGUCCUUCCCGCAACACAUCAACUUCGGCAACACCACCUGGGGCCACGCCGUCUCCAAAGACCUAAUCACCUGGACCGACGUCAACAACUGGACCGCCCGCUCCUUCGUCGCCAUCGAGCCCGGCCCGGCCUUCAGCUACGACUGGCUCGGCGCCUUCUCCGGCGGCGCCGUCCCCCUCUCGCUCUCCGGCCAACCCGACGGCAACCUCACCCUCUUCUACACGGGCUCCCGCUCGGCGCCCGACUUCUGGCGCAAACCGUACAAGCCCAACUCCGAAACCCAAAACGCCGCGACGUCGUCCGACGGCGGCCGCACGUGGCACAAGUACGCCGGCAACCCGAUCCUCAACGGCGCGCAAGACUUCGGCUGGAACGUGACGGGCAUGCGCGACCCCAUCCCGGCGCGCAUGCCGGAGCUGGCGCGCGUGCUGGGGGAUGCGGAGGACACGUUCUACAUGACCAUCGGCAGCGGCAUCCGCGACGUCGGCCCGCGCGCGCCGCUGUGGAAGGCGCCGGGGGACAACCUGACGGACUGGGCGUUCCAGGGCUCGCUGUUCGAGGUGCCGGUGAACUACACGUGGGGCCCGGACCGCGGACGCACGGGGAACUUUGGCGGGAACUUUGAGAUGGCGACGUUUUACCCGUUGGUCGAGCGGGAGGAGUUCGGUGGGGAUAAUGAGACCAUCCACUGGGUCUACACGUUUGGCGCGGAGGGCUUCGAGAGCUUCGGGCACAACCUCAGCCACUGGUCGCUGUUCGCGCUCGGUGAUGUGUCCCGCCGGGAUAACGGCUCCGCGGCGUUCGAGAUCAAGGCGGCGGGCCCGGGCGAUUGGGGAAACAACUACGCCAUUAAUACUUUCUGGGACGAGAAGAAGCAGCGGCGCGUGGCGUGGGGCUGGUCCGACGAGGACUUCAACGGCUACGGCGUCAGCCAGAACGGGUACCAGGGCUCGCUGGUGCUGCCGCGUGAAGUGUACAUCCGCAAGGUGCGCGGUGUUGUAGCGCCGGCAUCGGGCGCGCCGGCGCAGAGCGCGGAGAUCUGGGAGCGUGAGGACGGCAAGCAGACGUACGCGGUGACGACGCUGGCGCAGCGGCCGCUGCCCGAGGUCGUGGCCGGCAUCCAGAAGGGCGAGAGGGCGGUUGGAGAUGUGCGGGUGGAUGGCGAGACGACGAUUGAUGGCUUGGCCAGCAAGGCGUAUCACUUGCAGGCGACGCUCGAGGAGUGGCCGAAGGACGGCCAGGUCGGGUUCAAGCUGCGCGCGUCGCCGGAUGGGCGGGAGUUCACGACCGUGUACUACACGCCGGCGAACAACACGCUCGUGCUCAACCGCAUCAACUCCAGCCUGAUCACUAACUUCACCCGCUCCAGCUUCAACGGCUACUUCGAGCCCUUCCUCCUCCCGUCCAACAGCUCUGCGUCCGGCGUGGCUCCGGAGCCCAUCACCUUCAACAUCUUCGUCGACGGCUCGCUGCUAGAAAUCUUCAUCAAUGACCGCCUCUCGCUGACGUCGCGCAUCUACCCGUCCAAGGCCGACGCGCUGGGCGUCGUGGCAGUGUCGACGGGCGGUGCUGCCGUGUUCAAGAAUGUGACGUUCUGGGAUAGCAUGGCGGACGUGUGGCCGCAGCGGCCGGCGAAUACGAGCGGCGAGCUGCACAUGGAUCCGUACUACGAGACGCAUGUCACCAUCGAGAAUGACUGGGUGCCGGUGGGGUAUCAGAUUUAUGAUGGGUAUUGA